AUGAGCUCGUCCUCCAACGUGCCGGUCGAACAGCCGUGCUCGAUACCGGGGAUGCGCCGGUGGCUCAUUUGGAGGACUGUCUUCGAGGUCGACAACAAGUAUGAGCCAAUCAAAGCUAUAGGCAAGGGCGCGUACGGCGUGGUGUGCAGCGCGCGCGACAGCGUCACGGGGGAGAAGGUGGCCAUCAAGAAGAUCUCGAACGCGUUCGAGAACAUCACCGACGCGACGCGCACGCUGCGCGAGAUCCAGCUUCUGCGGCAGCUGCGGCACGAGAACAUCAUCCGCGUGAAGGACGUCCUCCGGCCGCCCAGCCGCGACGUGCUGGAGGACGUGUACGUGGUGUACGAGCUCAUGGACACGGACCUGCACCAGAUCAUCCGGUCGCCGCAGCCGCUCACGGACGACCACUACCAGUACUUCCUCUGGCAGAUCCUGCGCGGCCUCAAGUACGUCCACUCGGGCAACAUCCUCCACCGGGACCUCAAGCCCAGCAACCUGCUGCUCAACGCCACCUGCGACCUCAAGCUGUGCGACUUCGGCCUCGCGCGCACGGGCGGCACCGCGAGCCAGUUCAUGACCGAGUACGUCGUCACGCGCUGGUACCGCGCCCCCGAGCUCCUCCUCAGCCAGGAGCGCUACGGGCCCGCCAUCGACGUCUGGUCCGUCGGGUGCAUCCUCGGCGAGCUCCUCGGCCGCCGCCCGAUGUUCCCGGGGAAGGACUACAUCGAGCAGCUCAAGCUCAUCAUCUCCCGCCUCGGGUCCCCCUCGGAGGACGACCUCAGCUACAUCACGUCGUCGCGCGCCCGCGAGUACAUCCAGCGGCUGCCCAAGGCGCCGCCGCCGAACUUCGCGGAGCUCCUGCCCGGCGCCAGCGAGCAGGCGCUCGACCUCCUCGGCAAGAUGCUGCAGUUCGACCCCCGGAAGCGCAUCACCGUCGAGGAGGCGCUGCGGCACCCGUACCUCGAGCAGCUGCACGACGAGCAGUUCGAGCCGGACGCGCCCGCGAAGAUCCAGUUCGACUUCAACGAGGAGGACGUGACCGAGAGCAACAUCCGGGACUACGUCUGGCGCGAGAUCGACCUCUACGCCGCCAUGAACGCCGGCGAGAGCACGCCCAGCGCCGGGGCCGCGCCGUCGUAG